AUGACCGUGGUUGUCAAUCUGACCGAACCCGGUGCUCCUCCGUUUUCAGGCGACGGUGGAGUUGGUACCCCUGCACGAGUUAUCGGUUACGACAUCCGACAGCCCACGAGGUCCCACAAGGACUUGUGGAUGGGCAGCGCUGGAGGAGGGGGAGUAUUUUACGACCUGUGCUUUAUGCUUAUUUACGGCAUCCUCAUCUUUCUGUACCUCCUCUACCGCAUCUCGGAAAGUCGUUCGCGGAGAAAUGCUUUCCCAGAUGGAAAACCAGCGAUACCGAAGGACGAAGACGUGGUCGCGGAGUGGGAGGCCGUGGAGCAGAUGUGCAAUCGCUCAGAUGGAAACCUUGCGAAGAAUACCCUGGUAGCACGAAGGCUGCACAAAAGCUAUGGCGAGCUACAGGUUGUUAAAGAACUCUCUCUUGCCCUGCGACCGGCUGAAUGUUUCGGCCUGCUCGGUGUCAACGGUGCCGGAAAGACCACAACGUUUCGGAUGCUGACCGCCCUCACCCCGAUGACAUAUGGCGAAGCCUACAUGGGGAGCUGCCAGCUGGCGAUGGCGCCGAGUUGGCAAUCCCGAAUUGGCUACUGCCCUCAGCGGGACGCCCUGCUGGGGAAGCUGAACGCUUACGAGAACCUCUACCUGUUCGGCCGUCUCCGAGGUGUACCGGAAGAAAGCCUGCCCGAUGUAGUUGCGCAGCUCAUCGAUGUUACAGAUUUAAAAGAGCACGCCGCCAAGAGGUGUGACUAUUACAGGUAUGGCUCUGCGUAA